CGGCAGGAAGCCCCGCCCCGGAAGUCGGCUAGUCAUGGCGGCUCUUGGGAGGCGGUGGUUCACUGGGCUGCUAGCGGCGUUGCGGACACUGCCCACGCGCCGGCUCCUGCAAUUCGCGACCUUGCAACGGGAUGUGCUGCUCUUUGAGCACGAACGGGGCCGCUUCUUCACCAUCCUUGGGCUGUUUUGCGCGGGCCAGGGCGUCUUCUGGGCCUCCCUGGCUGCGGCAACCGUGUCCCGGCCCCAUGUCCCGGUGCAGCCUCAGGAUGAGGAGGUCCCAAACCAUGGCCGCGACCUGCGCUCCGCGCUUUGGCGCUACGGUCUGGCCGUCGGCUGCGGCACUAUCGGAGCCCUGGUACUCGGUGCUGGUCUUCUCUUCUCUCUCCGGUCUGUGCGCUCGGUGGUGCUUCGAGCUGGAGGGCAGCAGGUGACCCUCACCACUCAUGCCCCCUUUGGCUCGUGGGCCAAUUUCACAGUUCCUUUGAACCAAGUAUCUUGCAUGGCCCACCGGGAUGAAGUCCCUGCCAUGCUACCUCUGAAAGUCAAGGGCCGGCGCUUCUAUUUCCUCUUAGACAAAGCUGGACGCUUCCCUAACACAAAGCUCUUUGACAAUACUGUGGGUGCCUACCGGAGCCUGUGAAGAAACGACCUCGAGUCACUCACCUCUCCAAGAGGGGGAGAAAACGGAACCUUGGAGAGCCAGGUGUGUACUUUGGGAGGCUGAGGCAGGAGGACUGCUUGAGCCCAGGUUGAGAACAGCCUGGGCAACAUAGCAAGACCUUGUCUCUAUUUCCAAAAAUAAAACCACCUUAGAGAUGGAGUAACAACCAGGGUCCCACAAGGAGGCUCAAGAUUCAUUAACAAAUAAAGGAGCAGUCAUCCCUAGGGCAGCUGCCAGACAGUA